AACAUAAAUGCAACUCACUUAAUUUUAUUACUACCUCCCCGGAAUAAUAGUGUGUCAUGAAAUCCGUGUAAUACUCAUCUUCGUCAUCAUCACUCCAGAGAGAGAAAGCUGCUUCGCAGAAUACAAAGUGUGUAUUUUCUAGAGAGAGAAAGCUGCGCCCCUUCUCGUUUUCUCCGUAUAGAUUUCAACGCUUCCUAUGCAACUUAUAAUGUGGUGUUAAAACCCAUUUUCUCCAAUGCCUUCUUCUGGCAGUGGCUAGGGUUUUGGUUUGUUGUGUUUCCAUGUAAUAAAGUUUGAAGCUUUAAUAUUUUAGUGAUAUAAAGGUUUGAUUUUCAGGGGUUUUGGUUUCGUGGGCACUUUGAAAUAGGAUAGAUUAAUUUUUAAGAUUAUAAUUCGGGAAUUGGAGUUGAAAUGGGUGAAAAUGAGAAGGGAAAUGUUGAUAUGAUGCAUAGAGGACAGUCUUCUGUUGGAGCAUUGUUGAAACAAAACCUCAGUAACCAGCUUGAUAUGUCUCAGUUUAAUACUGCACAGCUUCGUACUCAGAUGAGACAGUUUUCGCCUAGUUAUGUUGAGAGUAGUAAGAGGAUUGGUAUUCCGCCGUCUCAUCCCCAAAUGCCUCCUGUUUCGCCAUACUCUUUGUCCCCGGGAAGCCGGCCUGGUGCUCUACAAGCAGGGUUACAGAAUCAUGGUACUGGUCCGUCUCAUGCUCGAUCUUUAUCACAACCGUCUUUCUUUUCACUUGAUUCUUUGCCCCCUUUGAGCCCUAUACCUUAUAAGGAUUCAUCUCCAACGAAUAAUUGUGAUGGCUUAAAUGUUGAUUUACCUUUAAUGGAGGAUAAGGGUGUUAAUGCAAAUUCUUUGUUACCGCCUUCGCCUUUUACUAGAGGUAAUACAUUGCGGGUUGGGGAUAGUCUCCCUCCUCGCAAAGCGCACAGGCGGUCAAGCAGCGAUAUUCCUUUUGGGUUCUCGACCAUAAUGCAGUCAUCGCCUCCUCUAAUUCCUUUACAAGGCCAUGGUGGUUUAGAACGGUCGGCAUCCCCAAGAGAUAAUCUAGGCUUGAAACCAGCGGUGCUGGUUAAGCAAGAAUCAAGUUGGGAUAAAGGAAGUGAGGGCAAAACUGAAGCCACGGGGGAUGGGAAAUCUGAAGGAGAAGUUGUUGAUGACCUGUUUUCUGCAUAUAUGAAUCUGGAUAAACUUGAAGCUCUAAACUCUUCUGGGACUAGUAACAAUAAGGUAUUCGAGAAUCAUGAAGAUUUGGAUAGCAAGGCUAGUGGUACAAAGACAAAUGGUGAUUGCAGCGAUAAUGAAGGUUCUAGUAGCAGUAUAAGUAAAAGUGGAACCAGUAUCCAGAGAGCAGGAAUUUCUUCUUCUGGAGAGAGGAGAGAAGGUGUCAAAAGGAAUGCGGUCGGAGAUAUUGCUCCAACUGCUAGACAUUAUAGAAGUAUUUCAAUGGAUAGUUUUAUGGGGAAAAUGAACUUUGGUGAUGAAUCGCCUAAGAUGCCCCCUUCCCCUGGAACAGGCCCUGGUCAAUUAUCUCCAAGCAAUUCGGUUGAUGAGAAUUUAAAUACAUUUAGCUUGGAGUAUCGAAAUGCUGAAUUUAGUGGUGACGAACUCAAAAAAAUCAUGGCAAAUGAAAAGCUUGUGGAGAUCGCGUCAAGUGACCCCAAGAGAGUGAAAAGGAUAUUGGCCAAUCGUCAGUCAGCUGCACGUUCCAAAGAAAGGAAGCUGCGGUAUAUCUCAGAAUUAGAGCACAAGGUUCAAACACUGCAGAAUGAAGCAACAGCAUUGUCGGCACAGCUUACACUUCUUCAGAGAGACUCUGCUGGACUCACAAAUCAGAAUAAUGAGUUGAAGUUUCGUCUGCACUCAAUGGAACAGCAAGCUCAACUUCGUGAUGCUCUAAAUGAAGCUUUAACUUCAGAGGUUCAGCGCCUGAAAAUUACAGCAGCUGAUCUUAAUGGACAGUCAGCUAAAUUUCAGCAGCUGUCUCUUAACUCCCAGAUGUUCCAGUUCCACCAGCAGCAACCUAAUCAGCUCAGCGGACAUCAGUUGCAGCAGCAACAGCUGAACCAAACUUCACAGCUGCAACAGAUUGAAAGCACAAACACAAAGCAUGCAUCAACCUAAUAUAUUUCUGAGAUCAAUGAGGUGGAAGCUUUUGGUUCUCAUAUGGCUUUUGGUUCCUUGAAUUCUUAAUUCUAAGUUUUUGUACUCUGUAAUUCUCCAUUGCAUUUAUUCAUUAGCUUUGCAACAAUCACAAGACACACAAGUUCAAUAUCCGUAGUUGCAGGUGCCUUUUCUGUCCAUUCCAACUUAGUCGUACACCGGCAUGAGCUCUCAGCUCUACAAAGUUUAAAUUAAGCACUAUUAUAUUAUAUUGGAUUUAUAGUUUAGACA